AUGUAUGCCUCGUCGACUCGUUUCGUUCCGUUGGCUGGCCGGUUCAGUAUGACAGUGACUGCUCUUUCUGGGCCCUUGCGGAUGGCAAGCGGAUGCUGCAGCCACAUGGGCUCCUUGGCUGCAAGAGUCUGUUUGGUUCGGUGUCUCUUGUUGCUUGAAUCUUUCUCGGUCCUCUUCCAUGUCAGGUACACGAUCGUUGCGGCAAACGUCGGUCAAGAUCUCUUUCCUGGCAGAUAUGUCUUAUACCGCAAGGAACAUUUCGUUGGGUUUAGAGUGUUCCCAGAUGGAACGUGCCGCCUCCAAGAAAACCACAAAAGCCAUUGCGGACAGGAUUGUGCUCUUUCAGAUUUCAGUUUUGAACCGUACAAAAAAAUAUUUCAGUUGCUGGCAACUGGUGGGCCGAGCUCUUGUGGAAAGGUGGCCGGUGUACGCCAACAGUUCGAGGCAAUCUUCCAUGUAGAAGCUCGCACGUCAGAUGGUGCAAGCCAGGUGAAUUUGGGCGGCGACCAUGCGUCGCAGCAAGUCAGUGAUGUGUGCGGUGGCAUGAUUUCGUUCCAAUCGGCAUUGUCUCAUAAUAUACUGCUUUCAUGCGACGCCGAAACUUUUGACUUCGGCACUUUCGUGUCGAAAGCUCGCUCGGUGCUGCACCGGCGUCUUCGCCAUCCGCCUCUAGCUAUGUCCUUCUUCAAAGACGGGCUUCAGAUUGCAGAGGACCUGAUGUGGGAGGAUCUUGGGUACCCUUCCAACGUGCAAGUUCUCAUCACCACUACGCACAACAAUCUCUGGGACAAGCUUGCACAUGCCAUCCUGCACAAUGCCAUCGCUGAUGUUGAGUGGCUGUUGCGGCAGGGCCAAGAUCCGAAUGGAACAUGUUCAGCAGGAACAACUCUCCUGGUCUACGCCUGCCAAGCGGGGGCACUUGGAGCUAUGAAGACGCUUUUACAAAGCAAAGCGAGCCCGAAUCUCAUUGGCCCUGACGGUCUGAGCCCUUUGCACACUGCGACCACGAGGCGCGAUGUCAGUGCAGCUGAACUUUUGUUGGUCUAUGGUGCUGACCCGAACAUGCCAAAUUCUUUCGGUGAUGCUGCAGUGCAUCUGGCAGCGCAGGAGGACGAUUCAGACAUGGUUGGCUUGUUCAUGGGCUGCGGCGCGGAUCAGACUUGUCCUGGCCUGCUGCGACGCCUUAGUAUCAUUCAGAAGCAACCAGAUGUUUGUGGCGGAUCUGAUGCGUGUGAGGAACCUCUUUUGAACAAAGGUCCUCAAGUAUGGCUACGUAUAUGCCACAACCGCGCCGAUGCCUUAAGGAGGCGCCAAAUGUUGGAAGAGAGGACGCCCAAGACGCUGCAAGAACUAAUGGAGGCCGGGUUCACGGCACAAGAAGCUUCCUGCUUCUUGGAGUCACAUGCGAAGGCCAAGGAGAAGCAGGGCUGGUUUCGACGCUGGGACGCAUCAAUGCCUCCCAUGGUUCGACAAACAUUUGGCAUCCUUAACGCCCGCGUGCGAAUUCCCUUGCCGCCACUGUCUCGACCCUUGGUGUCGCUGCCGGCAAAUUGCCCCGAACUUUUACUGGGAACGGACUUCCAUUUUGAUUGGCUACAAGUGUGUCAUCCGCAUCCACGAGACACACACAUCCGCUUCGUGUCGGAAGGUCACAAGUUGGACAACGAGCCCUUUGAUCUUUCUGAGUUUGACGCAGACAAAGCUAUCGAGAUGAUGAUGUCUGGUACUCGUUGGCCUCGUGUAGAGUACAUGAAUGGCAUCAAAAAUGGAAAACUCGCUCAUGCUUGUUUACAAGUUCCUGACUUGACAGCAUUGGGCGCCGUUCUCGCGCAGCCUUCCCUAAACUUAGCGCACGCAAGCCAUUGUCUGCGCAGCACAUUGGAUAGUUGCUCUGCUGAAUCACACGCCCUGCUUGCGAGCCACAUUAUGUCUCCAGCUGAAAUCAAGGAACAUUGGGCCCUAAAAGCGGAGAUGGCAUCGCAUGCAGGGACGUGGACCCAUCUCCAGUGCGAGUGUGUCUUGAACGGUGGGGCCAUCAAAGGAACUUGUGCUGAGAUGGACCUACUACGUACCUUUGUCGGCCGCACUCGGCCUCUGCUUGCCUUCCGUACAGAGUGGUGCAUCUGGGCUAGCGAUGAGAGGUUGGCAGGUUGCAUCGACUUCGCAGCGAUUGACGAGAAGGGACACCUUGUGCUAGUUGACUGGAAGCGCACCAAGAAUUUGCAGAACAAGUUCCAAAACCCUUGGCGCGCACUGGCGGAGCCGCUGGAGCACUUACCAGACGCGCAAGGUGAAACUCGGUUUCCAGACGAGGACCACCUCGACGAGCAGCAGGAGCAGGAAGAUGCAACCCAACCUGCCCUGACUGGCAGCGCACCAGCACGCAGUUCUGCUGCAAAUGCGCGUGCGAGCUCGCACAUUGGCCCAUCUCCGCGCACAGCAGCAAAGUCGACAGCGAAAAAGAGGAAGGCAGAGGACAGAGGCCAGCCAGAGGAAGCGGAAAAUGCAACUGGGGAAGGCGCGACCCAGGCAGAGGAGGUUAAGCAGGAGGGGGUGGAUCCUGCCAAUGGCGAAGAAGAAGCUUAUGAGAAACUCAAGUUCAGAAGGAUGUUGCCAGGAGCUGCAACGUCAGACAAAGAUUUUGACGACUUUUUCUUGAACCUUGAGGUCACAAAUGAUAUCUUUCGUUUGGAGCCAGCAGAGGAGAUAGACACAUCGGGCACAAUUUUGCACAAAGUCCGCUUGUGGACAGGCUCGGUGGCAGAUGUCAUGUCAGCAAAUACGCCUGACUAUAUUGUACGGUUGUGUGUUGGAGUCCUUGCCUUUGGAAAGGCUAGACAAGCAGACAUCUUCCUCCGAGAGCACGCGCUGCUUUAUUGGAUCGCAGAAGGAGGACGUACCCUUCGCUUUCAUUCUGGUGACUGUUACAUGAAGAGUCCUAGCGGUGCGUUUCAGCAGCACCGAGGAGUGCCUCCUGACCAUGAUAGGGUCCAGAUGUUUUUGAUGCAUUUAGAAGGAAUUUUCCGCCGGAUGCCUAGAAAUACACAAAGGGCUACGAGGAACCUUCUCACUGCCGUUGAACGGAUGUUUGCAGAAGCGGACGGUGAUCAGGUUGCUUUUCUCACUGCCUGUGUCGAUGCAUGUUUGAACUUUGAAGGGGAUGCUUCUGCACGGAAAGGACAAGGUAAAGGAGAGGAAGACGACGUAGCACCGCCCGGAGGUCCAUGGACUGCAGCAAGUGCCAAAACUGUCUUGGUGGUAGAGAAGCAAUUGUCGUACGAACUCACACAAGAUAAACUGUUGCACUACAUGUGCGAGUGGUGCGAUACCCCCAAAGUAGUUGAAGGAGCGUGUUGCUAUGAAGACUGCUGCAUCAAGUAUGACUUUGAGGAGUCUGCCGCAAAGCAGGUGCAGCGAGCUGCCCUAACAAACUGCUAUUUGCGCAUUCCGCACUGCCUGAAAGGCACUAUUCCACAGAAUGUUGUUGAUCGCCUGCGAAAAUUUUGUGCGCAAACCUUUUGGGGCAACAUUGACGUUUUCAAAUGUGGCCAGGCGGCACAGGCAUUAGCCAAACGAGGCAUCAAUGUCGUUCGCCUCUUCAUCGGCCUGUCGAGUGGGGGCGUUGGCCAGUCCUUAUACUCCACGCACUUGGAAGCCAUGUACGUUCACAAUUUCGCAUUCUUCGACCCGAACAUAUGGUACAACGAGGAGGAAAAUGCGAAAACAGGUUGA